GAAUUUUUUUGACAAGUUUGACAGAACUCGAACGUCAAAAUUGACAGCUCAUUCAAGAUCAAAAUAGUUAUUAUGACAAAAUAUUAUCAAUCAUCAAAAUUUUUCUGUUUAAUAAUGAAGGGGAAUUUUCGUUUCGUACGGGUUUGUUGUUAACUAAUAUAAAUGGCCGAUAUAAAUUGGUACCAAACGAAUGGAAAAUACUCGGACGGAUCUUCCGCUAAGAACGAAAAGACAAUUUCCUUAUACUCAUUGGCCGACGUUCAACUGCGAUUUCUAUGCCCCGACGAUUUGGAAGAAGUCAGGGCUUUGUGCCAAGAAUGGUUUCCCAUCGAGUAUCCCUUUUAUUGGUACGAACAAAUCACCUCCAGUAACGGAAAGUUCUAUUCAUUGGCUGCCGUGUAUAAGCAACAAAUCAUCGGCUUGAUUGUGGCCAAAAUUAAGCCGUACGUACAUUUAAACGAAGAAGACAGGGGAAUUCUGGCUAAAUCGCUCUCCGAUUGCGAUGUAGCUUAUAUUCUGUCGUUGGGAGUUCUCAAAGAAUACCGUCGAAAUGGCAUAGCCUCGUUACUGCUGGAUUCCCUUUUGAAUCACCUCGUUACGCCCGAACGGAGGAAAGUCAAGGCGGUUUUUUUACAUGUACUAACAACGAAUUCGGCUGCCAUUAUGUUCUACGAACAAAAAAAAUUUAGAUUACACUUCUUUUUACCGUAUUACUAUUCUAUAAAAGGCAAGUGCAAAGAUGGAUUUAUGUAUGUUUUGUAUAUAAACGGAGGACAUCCACCGUGGACAAUAUACGAUUACAUAAAAUUUGUAUGUAGCAAAAUGGUGAAUGGUGUGGGAAUAUUUCCUUGGAUGGUCUACCAGUUGAACAGGGCCCUGCACUGGGUUUGGAAGGAACAGAAACGCGAUGAACACAAUAAUCACUAAAAAUAAACGAAACUAUAAACUAGUCUUUGAAUUUAAGAAAGUACUCGAUAAACAAAUUACUUGUUGAACGGUUUUUUUUUUGUAUGAGAUAUUUAUAUAAAGUUAGAUUUAUAUUUUCGUUAUUUAAUUUUAGGUAUCGUCAUUUUUUUAGUUCCAAUAUAAUAUGGCGAAAUAAAUCAGUAUUAACUGUAUAGAGUCGAUUUAUUGGAAUUUUUGUCUAUUUCGACAUAGAUUUGUAGUUUUAAAGGUGCGAGUUGUUCCAUGUUUCUUUUACAUCUGCAGCCGAUAUUUUACAUUUUUAAUGAGUAAUUGAUCAAUUCAAACGUAAUCUUUAUACAGACAUAUUGGCUCAGAUGCUUUACUUUUUGUACCUGUUUUAUACCUUAUUUAUUUAACCAAAGUACUAAAAACUAUUACUUUAUAAGCUGUUAAUUGUUCAUUAAGGAACGGCCUGCACCCCAUUUUUUACGUAUUAAUUGUAUAUAAAAUUUAAUUAGUUUUUUUCGUAUGAACAAGUUUAUGCUCACCGAUAAUUUAUACACCAAAGUCGCUAUUUAAGUACGUGUAGAUUUAAUUAGAAGAAUACACACACAUUAGCUGUAGGAAGAUUCUGACGAAAUCAUUGCAUGAUUCAUGCUGUAAUUGGAUUUUUUUCUAGAUCGACAUCGAAAAUGAAGCGAAAAUAAAAAAGUUAUUUCACCGAUUUAUACCUCAUUGUAAAAGCUGAAUAUUGUUGGCUUGAAAUGUUUUAAGUGACCUUUUUCUAAGCCGUUUUAUAACUGGAUAAUCCACAUUUCUGGAUAGGUCAAUCUGGAACGAGUGAAUUGUUCCUGUGUUUAGUACAAAUUUAAUAGAGAUUUUUCGAUUUUUGCCUCUCUAAUAGAAAAAAAAAACACGGAAAAUCGCAAUCUGGAUUGAUUAUAAUUGGUACUCUUUACAAUUAUUGUAAAUAAAAUUUUUAUAUACGA